CUACAGUCAUUCAAGCUUCCUAUGUCGAUUCCCCCAAGUUCAUGCCAGUGUCCUAACGACGACAUGCCUCAGUUCUUGAUUUCAAAGAGAGCGAUCGAACAGGGCAGAAAUAUGCAUAUCUUCUCAAGCCGCCCUAUGGUCGAGAGCUUCAAACAAGCUCGGUUGGUUGGUGGUCUCAACCUAUCGCGUGUUCGACAUCUUACCGCCGCCAUGUUUUACCGCUGGCUCGACCUGUGCCACGCGAGACUGGAGGAUCGAGAACUGCACGCCAGGGUCGUCUUGCGUCCAGUACAAAUAGGCACAAGUAGCUUCAAUGUUAUGUCCUGUUAUCUCCGGAAAGUGGAAGGCGCUCCAAUUCCUCGAGACUCUCUGGCUUUGCUUCAGCCAGGUGUCUAUGGCGUUUUUCUACUCGAUGAAACUCCUUACGAGGGCGACGUUCUCAGCCCAAGAAGGUUUUAUGAGCCAUUUGCAGAACAGGCGAAAUCACUACAGACAAUUUUUCCAGAAUACGGAACGAAUAAUACCCCAACGCGCCUCUCAGACCUUGUCAAAGCCCGCGACCAAGGGCGAUGUAGCAUCACUGGUCAGACUGGUCACCCAACGCAAAUCGUUUGGAUUUACCCGCCACUCGCUUCAUUUGUAGUCGAUAGGCUUGACGAUGCUAUCUUUGACAAGUUCAGACUCGUGGACAAUCUUAUCACUAUUUGCUCGUCCCUUGCUGAGCCGUUCCAGCGUAACGCGUUCAGUGUAGACAUGGAGGACGGUGGACGAAUCAUUAAAUUUGUUGACCUGCCUGAUGAGUCCCCCGUGUUACCACUUUAUCUUCCAGCCCCGCGACCAUCUGCGGUACGGUUCUGGGACCUAAAUUUCAAAUAUACGCUGGCGGUCUUCCUCCCUGCUGGCGACCCAGCUACGACCGGAGAUUAUGACGAUUACGUGGCAUGGAUGGAAGAGCUCUCACAAAGCCAAGCUAACUUGAGAAAUCCGAAAUGGCAGACUGCGCUUGGGCGACAAGUGCUAGAGGCUUACAUGAUGAGAGAGUUAGCAGGUGUAUACCAAUGA